GCAAAAGUUAGUCCACACACACUCCCCUCCUAUCCCACAAACCUAAGCUCAACUCUCUCUAAUCCCUAACUGCAAAAUGGAGAAACCGAACUCCGAUCAAGCUCCGGCAGCAAACUGCUCAGCUCCGGUGACGGAAAAUUCGAACUCCGGCGACGAUCCGGCACCUCCGACUACCGCAGAUAUUUGGGAAGAGAAGCCGGAGAUAGAAGAUCCAGACAUCUUACGUCAGCCUAAGAGAAGAAAAAACUGUCCAAGUGCUUUAGAUAAAUUCGAUUCCGUGAAUUCAGGUUCUAAUUUUGGAUUUUCCUUCUCGUUUGACUCGAAAUUCUCCGGUUGUUCAACUCCCGAAGUUACCCCCAAAUUCGGAUCUUUCAAUCGGGCAAAACCCGUUUCUAGCAAAGAUCCGAAAUCUGAAGAAACGGUACUGAAAGAAGAAGAUGAACAUGACGAUGACGAAGAAAAAUCCGAUGUUAUUGUGGAGAAGAAUUCUUUGGGUUUGUUGAGUUCAGUUGAUGGAAUCAAAACUGUGGAUUGACAUAGAUCGGAAUUACAGUGAAUUUACAGAAUCACCCCAUCUGCACCGGUCCGGCACGUCGCAUCGGAAUCUCCCCGCCGGCAACGGGAAUUGGUGGGGGUAGACCGGGGGCGGAGGGGGUGAGAGGAAUACUCAAUAGGAGCACCAAAUGUGGCUAUAUUUGUAAAACACUGAAAACAAAGAGUUUUUUUGUUGUAAUUUUUGUAUCAAUAAUAAUGGUAAUAAAUGAAUUUAUUAAUUUAUGUUUCUUUA